AUGGAAAGCAAUGCCGGAGUUCGGUCUCAAGGAAGUGUUUCUUCAAUCAGUACAUCGAACCUGACUGUUGAUUCUCAAGUAUGUGGUUCUGGUCUUGUUCUAUGGAAUCAAACUCGGCAGCAAUGGGUAGGGAGUAAAAGAUCCGAAAGCCGCGAAAGAUUUAUUCGAGAACCGAUACUAAAUGAGAAUGUGACUUAUGAGAGUCUACUUGGAAGCAAUAAGAGGUUUCCUCGGCCUAUACCUGAAAUGGUGCAGUUUCUACUUGAAGUUUGGGAAGAAGAAGGUCUAUACAGCUGA